GCAGACGACUCGCGCUGAAUCCUCCAGGCCACACAUAGCGGUGUUGCGCGCUUUUUGCCGUUGAUAGAACGCUUUCUUGUAAUAUACAGCGUUGACAUUUCCAUAGAAAAGGAUUUUUUACCCCACAACCUGACAUAUACAGAACAGCACGGGCGUUGAAGUGCAGCUAUUCGUCCUCCCCGAAACUGAGUUGAAGAAUAGAAUGCCGAAUUUCUGCGCGGCCCCGAACUGCACGCGGAAGAGCACGCAGUCGGACCUGGCUUUCUUCAGGUUCCCUAGAGAUCCCGAGAGAUGCAGACUCUGGGUAGAGAACUGUCGCCGAGCAGAUCUGGAGGACAAAACCUCAGACCAGCUGAAUAAACACUACAGACUGUGUGCAAAACAUUUUGAGCCGUCUAUGAUAUGUAAGACAAGUCCAUACCGGACAGUUCUGAAAGAAACGGCCAUUCCCACCAUUUUUGACUUGACCAGCCACCUCAACAAUCCACACAGCAGACACCGAAAACGGAUAAAAGAACUGACUGAAGAGGAGAUCAUAAAGAUGAAGGAGAGGAGACUGGAAGCUACUACUGAUCCUUCGGAAAGCAAAAAAGAUGACGCCAGUGAUGAUCAGGACACCGGUGACAGCAUACCCCUACUCACAACAGAAGAAAAGGAGCUCAGGGACUACCUGAAGUCACUCUUUGAAAUUAUAGUUGUUCUAGGAAAGCAGAACAUCCCUUUGAAUGGCCAUGCAGAAGUUGAGGAGGAGAGUGAGUGUUUUACACCAAGUAACUUUCAGGCUCUGCUGGAGUACCGCAUUAAUGCUGGGGACGAAGUGCUGAGAAAGAGGUUCGAGACCACUGCCGUGAAUGCAGAGUACUUCCCUUUGGCCCAGCAAACGCAGAUCCUGGAGGUGUGCGAGAGUUGCAUCCGUGAAGAGCUGCUCCAGGAGGUUAGAGAGGGUCGGUUCUUCUCAUUGGUUACUGGCGACCUAGCCGAGUUCCCCGGAGGGCUCCACCUGCCACUGUUCCUGCGUUUUGUGGAUGGUUCAAGCUGUCUGCGUGAGGAGUUCAUCGAGUUCCUCCCCUUUGAGGGUGACGAGGAGGAGCUGACCAGGAGACUGGUAAGCCACAUGUCUGAGAAAUGGGGCCUGAACAUGGAGCAGUGCCGGGGCCAAGCUCACGUCACUUCCGGCGUGUUUGCUAGGAAGAUCAAAGGGGUUGCAACAAAGCUCAUGGACAUGUAUCCCAUGGCGGUAUACACCCCCUGCUCCUCCUGCGCACUGAAUGUUCAUCUGGCCAGCAGUUUGCCUCUCACGGGGGUUCAGGUUGUCAUGUCAACGCUGAGAAGGAUCGACUCGUUCUUCAGCAAAUCGCCUGCACUGCAAACUGAGCUGGAGCAUGCAAUUUCCAUUUUCUACCAGGGCAAUGAGGACAAAGGUAACGAGCUGAGAGAGGUUAGUCGUCUGAAGUGGACAGACCGGCAUGAUAUAUUUGAAUUGGCAGUGGAUCUCCUGGAAUCGCUCUUACUUUGUAUGGACAGCGUUCAUGACAACGAAGACGGCAAAUGGAGCGACCAGAUCGCCAGUGAUGCUUACAUCAUCUCGGAGGCGCUGUCAGACUUUGAGUUUGUGGUGACGCUGGUGGUUCUGAAAAACACAUUGUCGUUCACGAGGGCGUUUGGUAAGAACUUGCAAGGACCGACCCUGGAUGUUUUCUUUGCUGCCAGCAGCUUGACGGCCGUCUUACAUUCAUUGAACGAAGUCUUGGAUAACAUUGAGGUCUAUCAUGAGUUCUGGUUUGAAGAAGCUGUUGGUCUGGCUGCUGCCAUGGAGAUCCCAGUAAAGGUGCCUCGGCUGUACUUCCGAAAGCAGCGUGUGGAAGCUGCGGCAGACACCCAACCAGAAAGCUACUUCAAAGAAUAUUUAACUAUUCCAGUGGUGGGACAUGUCAUACAGGAAUUGAAAGAGGUCUUCUCUGAUAGUCACCUGAAAGCUCUGAAGUGCCUUUCACUAGUCCCGGCGGUCAUGGGGCAGCUAAAGUUCAAUACGUCUGAGGAGAACAAUGCAGACAUGUACCGGAAUGACCUGCCCAAUCCAGACACGCUUCCUGCUGAGCUCCACUGCUGGAGGAUCAAAUGGAAGCACAGAGGUAAGGAGAUAAGCCUCCCUUCCACCAUUCAAGACACGCUGCAGCUGGCAGAGGUCAAGUUCUUCCCCAACGUCCAUGCGUUUCUUAAGGUCUUGUGCACCUUACCAGUCCUUAGGCUUGAUAAUUCCAGAUGUGAGACAGCUCGAAGGCGCAUGAACGCCUACCUCAUGGACACGCCUGUUAACAACAGGUCAAAAAGCUUGGCAUUGCUCAAUAUCAAUUAUGACAUCAAGUGUGAUUUGGACCUUAUGGUGGACAUGUACACCAAAAUGUAUCCUGAGAAGGAAAAUGACAAAGAGACGUUGGAUAGUUGAAGAUGUCAUGUUGCACUAGAGUUUCUGACCUUGUGUUUUUGACUCUUAAGAAUGUCCAUCUCCAAGUGCACCUGCUGAAAGAAUCAUAUUAAGCACAUGGAUAAUACUGAAGGUCAAUUGUAUAUUUCAGUGCAGCUCUGUUUUACACAAAUUUAAUUUCUUAGAUAAAUGUAUAUAUUCUGUAUAAAUGUAAUGUGUUGGUAUUUCAGCUGGGUUUCUUGAAAAAUCUAGUUUUCCUUGCCAUUUUUUUCUAUUA